AGACCGUAAAAUCGCAAAAAUGAUGACCGAAGAAAGUGAUACCGCAUUCCUUACAGCACACUCGAUGUUAUUAAGUGACGACGAUGAUAGUUUUGACGUUUCUAUACUUCAGGCAGAAGGAAAAUUAGAUGUGUUGAGUCUAACUGAACCAGAAUCACCUCCUACUUUAUGUCCAACACCAAUACACAGAGAAGAUUCAUUUUCGUUCGAUUACGACGAAUUCAUAAAACAUUUUGAAGAUCAGAAAUCCGAGUGUUUACACUCAGAAAAUUCGGAUGAUACAGAAGUAGAGAAAAAAAAACGUUGUUCGGUUCUAUUAUCACAUUUGAAAUUACUUUCAACUAUGCCGAAGGAUUUAUGUAAUGAACUCCAACGCAAGCUCAGAAACUUAGAAAUGAAAUAUAAGCUGAAAAGUUACAGACGAAAAUAUAAUAACUUUGUGAAAUCGAAAGAAAGACGUCAAAGUUUAAUCUCUGAAUCCAAAGACGAUCUCGAGAAGCCAUCAACAUCUGCAAAAGUAGAAUAAAAAGUUACUUUCAUCGUUCUUUAUAAGGCAAUGUUGUAACUAAUGUUACUGAUAUAUUAAAGGCAUAACUUUUGUAA